UGACAUGUAUCAUCCAGACCCUUGGCCUACUAUGCCCAGUAUGCAGACGUUAGAGACACUAGUGGAAACACUAUAUCCUGUUAUAAACAUGUAAUAUUUUUGUUCUUGGGGGAACGACCACUCUGUAGGUAGUAUGUCUGCCCUGCGCUGACUGACUCUGAUUAUCGUGGAAGUGAAAGCGUUUAUGUUAAAGAGGGUGUGAAUGGUAAUAAAGUCAUUGCCGUCACCAAGCAACGGGGACGCAUAUUUGCACCUGCUGCACUGCGGCACCGGAAGAGCACGAGCAAACGUAGGAGAGAUUGGACAACUAGGUCUUACCAUUAGAAAUGAUAGGCCCGUCUAAGCUUUUACAGCUAAGCUGUUCCCUCCCUAGGCGUUGCUAUGAUUGCGUCUCUUAGCCGUCUGUCAAUUUGCCGCUGUGUCAGUUUUAUGAGAUGAUGGGAGGAGGAUGCCCGCUGCUGCAGUAGAUAGUUAGAUUUUGUGUUCAACACUGAAUUAUUGUAGAUGUCUCUGUUAACUACCAUACUGCGAUGCUACUUGAAGUUAGCUAGCUAGCUAAUGAUUGCUCAAAUUGUUUUCAACUCAUCAGCUGAAACGACGAAAGCCUCCACUGACUCAAAGACUAAAACAACAGUGAAGUAAUGAUUAGAGAACCUGCCCUCCACAUCAGUGCACCGACGAAGGAAGGUUAUCUGAUGACAGCAGCCGACAGAAGAGGGGAGUCGUUGCAUUAAAAGAAUCACAAGAGUAUGCAAAAUGAGUCGUCUGUGCUCAGUCAACAACAAUUUCCCCAAUGACAACAGCACACUGGCCCUGGACAUGGUACUCAGCUCACUGUGGGCAAUGCCACAGCCCAUUAACUGGGAAAGUGUGGCUAAGCUGGUCCCUGGUUUCACACCAAAGGAGUGUGCGCGGAGGUUUGAGGAGCUGAAAAGCACUGGUAGUUUCCCUCUCGUGGAUGAGCAGUGUAACCCUCUGACAGUAGGGGGGGGCUCACCGUCAGACACCCUCUCCUCCUACAUCAAAUCCUCUUUGUUGGAGCUCACGGGAGACACAGGAGACGCACGAGCCAUCCAGAGCACUAUCUCAGUUUCAGGGCUAAGUGUGAUGCCCCCUGGGAGGGGGUCAGCGGCUGAGAAUGAGAGCGUGGUGACCUCAGAAGGGGGCGAGAGGGUGAACGGAGGGAAGAGGGGUCCAAACAUGGUCAUCCACGUGUGCGACGAGGCUAAGAACCUGAAGCAGGAUUUUGGGUGCCCCCGGGACCUCCUGAUCAGCGAGAUGCGCUACUUCGCUGAGUAUCUGUCGGUGGACUCCCAGCGCUGGGAGGAGGUGGAUAUCUCGGUGCACUGUGACGUGCAGAUCUUCGACUGGCUCAUGAACUACGUCAAGAGGAACACAGACCCUGAGACUCACCACGAGAAGCCCAAACUUGAACCCAGCAAUGUGAUCUCAAUCCUGAUCUCCUCCGAAUUCUUGAAGAUGGAUACAUUAGUUGAGGAUUGCAUUCAGUUCUGUCACGAAAACAUGACCGCCAUCGUAGCAACGCCAUGCAAUAUGAACUGCAUCAACAGCAACCUGGCUGCACGCAUAGGCGACCUGUUCAGUCACAACGACGCAGAUGAGAUCAAGGACAAAAAGGACAAAUUCAAAAGCAAAUUAUUUCAGAAGAAAAUUGAGAGGCUCUUCGACCCUGACCACGAGAACCCCGAUUCGCCAGGGAACGCUGCCACUCUGUACAGGUGUGGUCUCUGCCUCAAACUACUAACCAAGAACACUGAGAGACAGAUCACCUGUGUACCAGGGAGAAUCAACAUUGACCCUCAUGGCAACAUCAUAUACUCUCACACCAGACACAAGGGCUGGGAGGUCCACGACUUCCUGAAUGGUUUGUAUGAGGAGCUGAAGUCGUGGGUGCUGGUCUACUGGAGGAUCUGGGGAACCAUCAACUCCCUCUCCUGCUCUUGUUGUAAACAGAAAUUUUUAUGCACUGAGCUGUCCCACUGUACAUAUCACCCCGAGGCGGUGGUGUACGCGGGCAUUGGGGGCAGAGCAGGCCUGGCACGGCACUGGCAUCUACCCCCUGCUGCAACCAGAGAGUGCUGCGCUUCUGACCCACAUGCAUGCCAAGACAAGCCAACAGACUGCGAUAUCCUUUUGGAACCUGGCGUCCUCUCCUGCCUCAGACCGGGAGAGAUCACUGCUUUUUCACUGCUGAAAAACUGGAGUCUGCAGCUGCGUUCACAGUCUCUGCUCUCUGAGGAUGAGGACUACACCACCGGCUCAGAGGUCACUGAAGAUGAGGUCGGGGAUGAAGAGGAGGUUUCAAAGAAGCAAGCUGCGAAGAAGGCAAGGAAAGCAAACAGACCACUGAAGAGGCAGGUGUCCUCACCCAGCUUUCAGCGCAAAGAGAAGAGUGCAGAGAAGGCUGCCUCACGAGAUUCCACUCCAUUUACUGUCAGCAUUCAAAAGAGCAAAUGGGACAGCGCCCGAUCCAUGCGGUUCAACCAGGACGCUCAGAGAGAAGACGAUCAGCGGAGGAUGGUGGACAUUAUUGGACAUCUCACAAAGCUGAGGUUUGGUGACUUAGAACAGAGCAAAUCCAAGGACGUGAAAGAGUAUGCAGGAGGGAUAUACUCCAGGCUUGAAGCUCAGUUCAGGAGUGCCUCCCAGGGAAGUGGACGACAUAGUAGCUCAGAGAAGGCUCACAGAGCAAAGUUACGCUUCGGGCAAUCAAGACCAACAUAAGAGCUCCAGUACGUGGACUGGAGAAGAAAACAAGACCCUCAGCAAAGUACAGUCCAGCAGGGCCCUCCAGAACCCCCACCCGACAUCUCUCCUCCUGCUCCCGUUCAGCUCCAGAACCGCUCCAAGGCCCACUGUGGCGUUGUCUGGUUCCGGUACACUUCUGGACCCAGGUCCCCAGCCUGCUUGGUCUGCGGUAGCUUAGGUCGUCCUCCUCAUCACCUGACGUAUCUGUGGCUCUAUAGGCCCAGCUCACGUGCCUAUGACUGAUCACCUUUAUUGCGUUCCCUUUUACCUCAUCCAUCUCCGUGCAAGGAUUUAGUAUUUUGCUGAGGGGCCAGCGCUGUGGCGACAUGAAUGAAGGAAUGGUGAAUCUUGAUGGUCAAAUGCCUGAUUCCAUCACUACCUCCUUGUGGCAUGUAGACUUAGACCAUUUGUGCAACACUGAGGCCAAAUAGAAUUAAAAAAUAAAGUAUUAUCAAAACUAAAA